CCACGGCCACGCCGAUUCCAGUACCAAGAAUGAACAUCAAAGAAUUUCUACGAGCUAAAUUGCUUCUGAUUAUUGAAUUGUAUAAAGGACUGUUUUGGACCGUAUUCUUGGUAAGAUAUGUACUCCAACCUAUCUUUGGCUUCACAUAUGAGAACAUACAACCCCGCGUCUACUUCCUGUUUUUGGAAAAUUACCUCGUCGUGUCAUUCAGAUCAACUCUGAUCUUCUUCAGAGACCUCAAGGACACUUUCUGUGGCAUCUUCGACAAUGUCCUCAGUAUGGGAAUCCGGUUCAGCUUGAUUGCUGUUGUUGUGAUGGUCGACCAAAUGUACUCUCUGAAUUUCAUGAACAUGUUCAGAGUGAUCUUCAGAGUCGUGUCACGCUGCAUCCAUUGGAUGGGACCUGGAAAGAUCUUCACCGUUCAAAUGAUUGGGAUCAUCAUGUGGAUGAUGGGUGUGGAGACUUCUGUCAAAAUUUUCUGGGGCUUCAUGGUUUGCGCAUACUGGUUGGCCAGGGAUGGUGUGAUUUUUUUCGCUGAACUGCAAGAUCUUCUGGUUGAAUUUUUCAUUACAAUGUUCUUGGACGAAUUCGUCCAAUAAGUAAAAAGAAAUAAGAAUCUUCCAAUGAUGCGUCCAUUUGCAGCAGGCAACAUAAGAUUUUUGAUCUACUGGAAAAUGAACAAGUUAGUUGUGUUAAUUAAAAACUACUAUUUAUGAAUUUCUUUAAAUUUUUUCAAAUCAAACUAUUGUGU